CUAACUUACAAGCGAGGGAAGCAGACAGACAGAUACCAGGGAAGUGAGUCCCCACUACAACACCCCACUGAGACUCAGAGGAAGAUCUCCUUCACCUGAAAAACCCAAGGCAUGCUGGUCCUGGCCUGGCUCGGUGCCCUGGCUCUUCUGGUGAAGCCGUCCACUGGAACUGCAGACCUCUACAGGCAGGCUUCCCCGGACUUGCAGACGGGGCUCUGUCACUAUGGACACAAGAUGGACUGUUGCUAUGGGUGGGAAAGGAACAGCAAAGGCCAAUGCACAGCUCGGUGUGAACGCGGCUGUGAACACGGGGAGUGCGUUGGACCCAAUAAAUGCAGGUGUCUCCCAGGGUACACUGGGAAAUCUUGCAGUCAAGAUGCCAACGAGUGUGGCCUGAAGCCCCGGCCCUGUCCCCAUCGCUGCAUGAACACACCGGGUAGCUACGUGUGCUACUGCCCUGAGGGACAAGCACGCAUGGCCGACGGAUCCUGCUUCGACUCCAGGACAUGUGCCCUGGCCCACUGCCAGUACGGCUGCGAGGAGGUACAUGGGGAGCCCAGGUGCCACUGCCCCUCCACUGGGCUCCAGCUGAGCCCAGAUGGGAAGACCUGUGUGGACAUUGACGAGUGCACUUCCAGAAAGAUCCUCUGUCCCCACAACAGAAGAUGUGUCAAUACCUUCGGUAGCUACUACUGCAAAUGCAAGAACGGUUAUGACCUGAAGUAUGUAAAGGGAAAGUACGACUGUGUAGAUGCUGACGAGUGUGCAGAUGGCACCCACAAGUGCAGCCAGAACUCAGUCUGCCUCAACACCCAGGGCUCAUACAAAUGCAGAUGCAAGCAUGGAUUCCGGGGAAAUGGAAUCAGCUGCACCGCCAUCCGAGAUCCAACCAUUAAAUUUCCAAGGAUCUUGGGAGGCAGCAAGUUAGUGAAGAAUGCGAUCCUCAAGCCCAGUGUGACCAUGCCUGGUGUGGUGCGACAGCCAGAGGUCGAACAGGAGAGUGGGAAUCCAACAGAGCCCCAGGAGCUGGACGACAUUCACCAUGAGAAAGGAGAAAAGAAAAAGGAUGAGGAAGACAGGCAGCAGAAGCAGAUGGAGGGAGAGCAGCUGCGACCCAGAGGAGACGUUUUCUUCUCAGAGGAGUUGCAGUCUGUAUUUGGUCCAGCGAUGGCAAUGAGAGAGAUGCCCAUUACUCCUGGGCAGGAGGAGUUUAUCAUGGACUGCAGUUUUGACCAUGGAGCAUGUGAAUGGCUGCAGGACCAGGAGGAUGACUUUGACUGGAGUGUCAUCUACCACAGUGAUGGACAGCAGUAUUACAUGGCAGUGAAUGGCCUUCUUGAGGAAAGGAAGCACCUGGCCAGGCUGAAGUUGCUUCUCACUGAUCGUAUGCAGCAAGCUGGAUUCUGCCUCACAUUCAGCUUCCGGGUGAUGGGCGAUCAGGCGGGUGUACUGCGGGUACUGCUUCACAACAACACUUACCCUGUAUGGGAGCAACAAGCCAGCCGCAACCAGACCUGGCAGAUGGAGCUCCUGACUGUGGCCUGGGAGGAGAAUCCCCCACGAUGGAUCAUCUUUGAGGCAGAGCGUGGAGUUGGGGGAGAGAUCGGGUUGGACAAUGUUGUGAUAACCUCUGGGGCCUGCCAGGCAGUUGACCCUGAUGAUUUGUAAACUGCCAUGCACCUCAUCCAUCCCUAAGAUGCAGAUUUCCUAUCUGAAGUAACUGUGAGACUGAGAGACAAUUGUACUUACAAUUAACAAGAGUACAAAGACAUUUAAUGGCACUUCGUAAUGGCCCAAGGGCCUGCUGGUCUUUGAUGGACUUAAUUUCAAAUCCUCAGGUUUUCCUUAUGGUUUUAUAAGAUAAGCAGGAACCAGCAUGCACAGUAUGGAUGUGUGCAGGUCAUAAGGCAGUACAUCGCUCUUUCACAGACAAGAUGUUAUGUUUUACAAGUUUGUUGUUUCAAGCAUUUUACUGUCUCAAGUGAGUUUCCUUGCAAGUUUACUCAAUGGACAUCGUAACAAUAUCUCUAUUUAAGUCGCAUUAAUGGUGAACCAGAAUAAGCUGCAGGUAUAUUAUUAAAGUCCAUCCCUCUUCAGGAUGCUUCUCCUGGGUCAAGGUUUCAUUUAAAGCUAACAAGUGCCUGUUACAGAUCAUUACCCAGGUUUCUGACAGAUAAUGAUAAAAUAAAAGGUGUCUCUUAUUUAAAAAAAUAUGCAAUACAACAGUCACUUACUAUAACAUAACAUGGUUUACAUUAACAGAAUACAAAGAAAAAAACAAUAUUACAACCAUUGAAGAGUUUAACAUAAUUAUAAUGAUCUAUUUGCUUGGUUUGACUGAUUAUACUAGCAUUUCACUUUUGCAUAGCCUAUCUAUUCCUCUUUUUCUACCGAAUUCUAAUAAAAUGUUUGUUUAAAAAAA